GGGGAGUUCCGCCCUUGGGGAGGAGCGCGAUUGGCUCUGUCCUACGGCGGAGGGGCGGCAGGCGUCGUACGCGCGCCAGUCUGUGUCAAGACUCGAACGCGUAAACAAGGUAUAGGCCGGCCGCAUACUCGACGUCACCCGGCAUGCGAAGCGCGCGCGCACCGGCCCGCUGACGCCCGGGAUGGCAGCGCGCCGCGCAGCCGCCGCGCAAUCAACCAACUGUGAUACGUUUACUUAAUUUCACUUUUAGCUAGUAUUAAGGAAACUCGUACGUCCGUGCUUAAAGACUUUGAGAGACAGUGUUUUGUGUGAAGCCGCCCAUAUGAUCGUCCCGAUGGCAGCGUAUGCGCAAUUCGGCUAUUCGUAUCCGCCCGCCUCGCAGUUGCUCGUGGGCAACAGCGGGGCGGGCACCGGCGGCGCAGCCACCUCGCCGGACGGCGGGUCGAGUUCGGCGCCGCCGCUCUCGCCCGGCGGGUCCGGCGUCGCAGGCGGAGCUCUCUCGCCCGGCGGCAACAGCCACGCCAGCACGCCGGCCGCCUCCUGCUGCGACACGCCGCGCCCCAUCAUCACAGACCCUGUCUCCGGGCAGACGGUCUGCUCGUGCCAGUACGACGGCGCCAGGCUCGCCCUCACCUCCUACCCGAGGCUGUCCAGUGCGGCGGUGGGAGUAUACGGCGCGCCGUACCCCUCCACCGAUCAGAACCCAUACCCGAGCAUCGGUGUUGACAGCUCAGCGUUUUACUCGCCAUUGAGUAACCCUUACGCGCUGAAGGAGGGUGGCGGUGAGAUGUCUGCGUGGACUUCAGCCGGGCUGCAACCCUCGGGCGGCUACUACCCCUACGACCCGACGCUCGCCGCCUACGGAUAUGGAGCGGGAUACGAUUUAGCUGCUCGGCGGAAGAAUGCCACUCGGGAGUCCACUGCGACGCUGAAAGCUUGGCUCAACGAGCAUAAGAAGAAUCCCUAUCCAACGAAAGGCGAGAAAAUAAUGCUCGCAAUCAUAACCAAGAUGACGCUGACGCAAGUAUCGACGUGGUUCGCCAACGCCCGUCGACGUCUCAAGAAGGAGAACAAGAUGACCUGGGAGCCCAAGAAUAAGACCGAUGAUGAUGAUGACACGAUGCUAUCGGACGAAGAAAAGGAUAAAGACGAGCAGGAUGAAAAAAUUAAGACACACAAAGAUGAGGAGCGAAAAGGCGACGACAUGCUACAAGGCAUGCAUCAUCAGCUGCUGGGUUACGGAAUCAAGGAGGAAGCGAAGCGAGCCACUUCCGACUGCGGCGUGCCGAUACCUGCGUCGAAACCGAAGAUAUGGUCGCUGGCGGACACCGCGGCGUGCAAGACCCCGCCGCCGGCGGCUCAGCCGUGGCCGCAGCACUCGUACGGACCGGAGCGCGCCUCCGCUGCGGACGCGGGCUCCAACGGCUUCGCAUUACCAGCGACGGCGGCGGCGAGUCCCGCCAGCGGCUCCUACGGUCGCUACGGUGGCUUCCCCGCUGGUCAAUACGGGGGUCAACAUCCCUGCGUACAUCCGGCAGCUUUCCCCGACGUCCAAACGGACACCCCUCCACAAACUCCGCCCAACAUGAAGGUGCCGAGCGUCGCGAACCCACUGGGCAGCGGCGGCAGUUCCGGCUACUGCUUCCCGCGGCACCAGCAGUCGCCGCAACGCGAUCCCUACCACAACCCCCAUCAUGCUGCCAACAGCCAUCAACCCAACCAGCCUCAUCACAACGAAGGAUCUGCGGCUUUCAAGCCCUUCUAUAAAAGGUGAUUAUAAUUAUCCGUUGUCAUUCAAAAGUAUCUUUCAGUAGGGUUUACAAAUCAGACAUGCACACAAAAUUAGAUACGUAGACGAAAAGCAAGCAUGCUCUUCACCACGUGAAAAGAGUGAAUGUUUCCUAUUCCAGCUCGCUCCAACAUCCCGAAGGUUACGUGUCGGCCGUCUGAAAGCGGACGGUGCACCAACGGCGGUAAAGCACGUGAAACCUGGGUCGCUGCUUGUUCAUCAACUACUAAGGACUGUCAAACUUUCACAGUGGCACAGUGUUUCAGUUCGUUUGUAUGAUCCACGAUGCAAUGGAACUUGUAGGUGCAUAGAACUAUGGCUGGAUAAGCGAAUACAAUGAUGUAGACACUUUGUAAAAUUAUUAUGAUUUUGGUAAAUACGUUAAUUUGUAUAUCGCAUAGUAUAAUUUCUAAAACGUAAAUUUAAAUGCACAGUUUAAAUAAUAUAGUGUAAAGAGAAGUACUUAAUUUUUUUUCGAUGUGAUUCAUGUCGAUGGUCAUUGUAUGAAAUCAAUAUUGCUCAGUAUUUUUAUAGAUUUAAGAAUGUUACGUAAAUAUUAUCCAAAUUAUUUAUAGACACGAGAAGCGCAAUUAAUGUGAAAUUAUUGUAACCAUGAUUGAUUGGUUUUAGUGAAAUAUUUGUACAUUAAAUGAAAUCCAUCUAUCGUGAUGACUAAAUACAUUAAAAAUAUAUUAUGAAAAAAGAAAUGUUCUAUCCUAAGUUCUUCCACUGUAACUUUGUUUGAUAGUUUUGGAGCAAUAAGUUAUUAAUUAGUUCAGGUGCCAGACUUAGCUUUCAUUAGUUUUAAGUGAAUUGUACAUUUAGCGGACGGGAUGCUUAUUUUGAUUUCAAUAACUUAUGCAAAACAAUGAAUUUAUUUUAUUUAAAUGGAUUAACGAUUUUAUUCAAUCGUCGAUUUGGUUAUUGUUGUUGUCAUUGUAUAUAAAAUGUUUUGUAGAUUUUCUACUUUUAGUUUCUCGGAGAAGUGUACAAAGUAAUUAGUAUGGUUUUCGCAACAUUCGACGUUGUUUCGAUACUUCGAAUUAAAUUUUAUAAAUAUUGUUUAAAGUAUUAUUAGAAUACACUUGUACAUAAAUAUAUUCUGAAUAUUUUUAUUUUGAUCGGUCACGCCGUCUCUGCAUUGCGAUGCAGACUUUGAAUAUUAGGAUUUUAUUUGUACGAUGUUGGAUUUUAGUCAUGUGGGUUAUGCGUUAGGUGCGUAUUUGAUGAUGCUAUUGGUGAAAUGAAUAAUGUUAAACAACUACUAUAGCACUAUAAUGAGGCCAUAUUUUGUAUGAGAUAACUGGACGCAAUAUGCAAACACUGCAAAAUAUAAAAAUGUACUCCAUUUUCCCCAUGAAUUGGCUCGGACAUUACUGAUAGCGUAAAGUAUAUUUUGUUGGGUAGUCUCAGAUUAAUUAGACAUCAGUGAAUACAAAAGGAAUAUGUGAUAAGGGUAUCUCACACAUCGAUUUAAUUAUAAUAAAUCCGUGUUUAUAGUAAGCCGUGUUUGAAGCAAUCACACGAAUAGAACACAUACAUUUUCGUUGACAUAUAUUUUUGAGUCUGUACUGUGUCUGUACUGUAUGAGGUCACGAAAGGUCUAUCUGAAGACUUUUGAGCAACAAAUAUUUACAACUUCAACGCAUCAGAAGAAAUUUCAUGUGACCAAAUCGAAUACAUUCGCUUAAUAUUAAAUGGUCUAUAUGGAUAUUUAUAGAAUAUAUACCUAUUAAUUAUUAUUAUGAGUAAAAUUAUGUAACGAUUGUAAUUAAAUCUUUAUUUCAAA